UUUGUGUUAUCGCUUCGCUUUCUUAAUCUUCUUGUUCUUUGGUCGCAAGUUUCCGGUUCACCUCAGCGCAAUGGGUCGCGUCAGGACAAAAACUGUCAAGAAGGCAGCCCGUGAAAUCAUCGAGAAAUACUACACUCGAUUGACAUUAGAUUUCCACACCAACAAGAGGAUAUGUGAAGAGAUUGCUAUCAUUCCCACAAAACCUCUUCGCAACAAAAUUGCUGGGUUCGUCACCCACUUGAUGAAGAGACUGCGUCACUCACAGGUGAGAGGUAUCUCUAUCAAGCUGCAGGAGGAGGAGAGAGAGAGGAGAGACAACUACGUCCCCGAGGUGUCUGCUCUGGAGCAAGAUCUCAUCGAGGUCGACUCUGAGACCAAGGAGAUGUUGAAGAUGCUGGAGUUCAACAACAUUGGUGGUCUUCAACUCAUCCAGUCCCAGGCCCAGACAUUUGGACGUAGACCAUAAAACAAUAAAAACAUUUUUACUGUUUA